UAAAAUCAAAGAGAAAAGAGAAGCCUUCAUUUCCUUCAACUGAUCGGAACUGCUCCUCUUUUUAAGUUCAUCAGACAUUAAAAACAAGAACAACCCAGAUUAAAACUCCCAUCAAAUCCCAAUAUUCUUGAAAAAAUCAUUAUUUUUUGUAUUUUAUUUGUUAAUUUCUGAGUCAUUUUUCUUUUCUGAUCUGGGUCGAUGCCAGAAAUGGAAAACAACAAGGAGAAAUCGUCAUCUGGGCCGUUGUUGUUGAACCGCUCGUUUACGAUGAACGCGACGGCAGCUGAAUCGAAAACCCCCAAACUUCAUCUUCUUCUUAACAACCCAUCGUCUCUUAAUCGGGCGGCUUCCGUCUCGAAGUUCUACAAUUCAUUCGAUUCCGUCAAAGGUAAAGUUAAAAAGCUUUGCAAUUUGUUCGAAUCCGCCAAGUCUUCGUCGAACUCAGCAAGUCCUAAGGUUGCUUUAAGACCCUCGAAAUCGAUUGCGUAUUCUUCUUCGUUUUCUUCUAGCUUUAACAACACGUUGAUAAGAUUACCUGGAACCGAAGAUCGAAUUGUUGUUUAUUUGACUAGUUUACGAGGGAUUCGAAGGACUUACGAGGAUUGUUAUGCUGUUAAGAUGAUAUUUAGAGGGUUUGGAGUUUGGGUUGAUGAGAGAGAUAUUUCCAUGGAUGCAGCUUACAAGAAAGAGUUACAAAGCGUUUUGAAACAGAAGACUGUGAGUUUGCCUCAGGUUUUCAUAAAGGGCAAGUAUAUUGGUGCUGCCGAUGUGAUUAAAAGCAUGUUUGAAGUUGGGGAAUUGGCUAAGGUUCUUGAUGGGUUUCCAAAGAGACAACCUGGGUGGACUUGUCGGGGUUGUGGGGAUGCCAGGUUUGUGCCUUGUUGGAACUGUAGUGGGAGUAGAAAAGUGUUCGACGAAGAUGAAGAGUCGAUUAAAAGAUGCUUGGAAUGCAAUGAAAAUGGCUUGAUUCGUUGCCCAGAUUGUUGCUCUUAAAGCUUCCAUUGCUACAGGGUGGUAAGAUAUAUUUAGAACUUCGUUUUCAUCUUCGUUAUUGCAUUUAGACAUCGUCUUUAUUGGUUUAAUUCGUUUAUGUAGAUGUUGUAUGUAAUAGUUUAAUGUGCUUGUUAUGCAACGCUUCAUUAGCAGAGAGCUGAUGAUCGUUAGUUUUCAUGUUCAACUGGAUGUUGACAAUAGUAUUGCAAUGUAAAAUCAGAAUGCCAUAUUUGGUUUUGGCAUUUCGAUUUCGAAGGAGAUCUGGAAUUUCUCCUUUAUGAUAUUGUAAAUAUUUAGUGUUAUAUUAAUUUAAUGGACUCACAUAUCUUGUGACAGAUUGUUAUGAGAAUAGACUUUGUUUA